UUUCUCGACGUCAUGACGUCAGACAUUGAGCUCCGUUAACCGGAAGAGAAGUGUCGCUGUGUGUGUUUUCAUGUUUACAUUUGGGGCACCGCGUCAAAAUGAAUCCCGCGAUGAUCAUCUCGACCAGCUCCGUGUCAACAACAAAGAGGAAACGAGAGGCAGAGCGUUCGGUUAACUGGACGGCGGAGGAAACUCAGGUGCUCCUCUGCGCCUGGAGCGAUGAGCGAGUCCAGAAGACUUUGGCUGAAAACCUCAGAAACCGGCAUGUCUUCAAACACCUCUCAGCUCGCAUGAGUGAAAUGGGUUUCUCUCGGAGUCCGCACCAGUGCCGGCUUCGGGUGAAAACUCUCAAGGCUAACUACGUGAGAGCCAAACUGCAGAGAAGCAUGGACAGCUCGCAGCCGUGCACUUUUAAAUACUUUGCCGAGAUGGAUGCGGUGCUGGGCCGAAGGACGGGGGGAGGGGAAGGAGGGUCUCAUUUUGUUUCACACCAACGGGUGUCAGAGGGCCACUUUGACUCCACUGAUGGGACAGGGAGUUUUACCUCGGAUUUAAACAUAAGUGGACACCAUUUUGACUCUUUGGGGAAUUCAAGGAGGCAAAAUGUAAGCUCUUUAGAGGAGAGAGCAGGCUGUCGGCUGGACUCUGAGGUAAAGGUAGAGCACAGAGAAGAGUCGGUGGAUGAGUUUGAGUACAGCGACACGGGAUUCUCACAGCAUCCAAGGGACAGGCACGAAGUUUAUCUGGAGACAGCCGUCCACCCGGAUAUUAACGGUACAACAGUGGAAAAUGGCUCAAGCACUCCUUCUCCACAUGUGGUCCUACCUCUACCUGCUCCUCCUGCUCCCACUCUUACCCAGUCCACUGCUUCUCCUCUCCCAGCACCUCCAGAUAUAAACCCCAACAUCAUCCCUGCCUCUGCCGACCAUCACCCUGCACCUUCCUGUCUCGAACCUGUCCUUAAGCACCUGUCAGAGUGCUUCCAGCAGCUGGUCUCUGAGACCCGGAGCUUGCUGGUGCAGCUGGAGAGUCAGAGGCAGGAGCACGCCCGAUGGCACCAGGAGCUCCUGGCCCAGUGGCUGCAGAGGGAGGAACGGCGGCAGAGGGAGACGGCUGAGAGGGAGGAGAGGAGGGAGAAAGCUCGCAUGGAGCACGAGAUUAGAGUCCUGGAGCUCCUCACCAGUCUGAGCAAACAGCAGGGGUGUAGCUGUGAGGGCAGCCGGACUUUAGCAGGGCGACAGGCUGGUCCAAAUCAUACUAUGAACAAAGACAGGAGUUAGGAGCUUUACAGUGGCUGACCCAAAGUGUGGACUGAUAUUCCCUCUCAGGUGGAAACAAAUAACAUUAGCAAUGAGGCAAGCUGCCACAGUCCCCCCCCCCCCCCAAAAAAGUGGAAAGUCUGUGAGAAUAAUGUGAUGACUGUUACUGUUACUGUGACAUUUAAGGGCUCAAAAAUCCAAAAAAGAGGAAAUUACAGUUGAAGUGUAAAAGAGGAAUUCCUUCUUGUUCUUGCAGUCACAUUGCUUAGGGGAUUUCUGCGGUGUCAGAGAAUUUCGCCAAAUGUCACAGAAUUGUUUCGAUGCACUUUCACAGAAAUUAAAAGUGUAUAUUUUCAACCA